AUGCCGGAACAAAAAUCUUUCGACGAUGCGGCGGGUAUAAUCAAAUUUUCUCUUCAAUUUUUCGGCGUCCUUCCUCUGAACGGACCUCCAACCAUUUGGAAAAAACAACUCAGUAAAUUCCUAACUGCUUUUACAAUUUUGUGCGUCAGUAGCAUCAUCGUUCAAGUCAUUCAUCUCCUGCUCUCUACGAAUCUUGGCGUCGAUAAGUCAAUCGACACCUUGAACACUGUAGCUGCAGUAGCUGGAGGAGGACUUCGAAUGAUCUUCAUUGCCUGGAAUCGCAAUAAAAUAUGGCGUCUGAUGUCGACGUGUGAGGCCUUGUGGCAGGACGCAAGCCCGAUCGAGUUGAGGAUCAUUUCUGUAUGGACGAAUCGAGCAAAAUUGCUUAGUCGUAGCCUGUGCCUAACGACAGUUGUUGGAGCCGCCAUGUGGAUAUUUUCCCCCAUAAUCAAGCAGGUUACACCGGGUACAGUUGUCAGCAGCAGGUCUUGGCCAUACCAAAUAAACAUGGACUCUUCACUGUCUCCACGAUAUGAAAUUAUCUACGCCGUUCAAUCAGCUUCCGCUGUCGUCUGCCUCUGCUCAAUAAUUGGCUGCGAUCUUGUCUCACCAUUUUUGGCUCUAAACGUUUGCGGGCAGCUCAAACUGAUCCAAAGCUGGCUGGCCAAUAUUGCCAAGAAAGAUUUUUGCACGCAAUUGGAGGAAUCUGUUUGCUACUCUAAUUUGGCGCAAGCUAUGGCUGGACUUUACAUGCUGGGAAUUUCAGCAGCAAGACUGACGAGGGUGAGAUGA